CCUCAGUACCUGACUUCCAUCAACGUCCCCCCCUCCUCAAACGAUAUCACGCACACGUUACUCGCCAUAUAAGCUACCAGUGCCCUCUAUCCAUCGAACUUGCUGAUAUUGGCGCGCCCUACUGCCAAUGCGCCUCGCCAUUUCCUCAGUAUCACACCUCCCAACGAAGCUUUAAUCAUCGACCACGACCUAUUUCCACCAUGGAACAAGCCCAACAGAAUGCUGGACAGCAGCAGGGUAGACAGCAACCGGUAUACGAUACUAGAAAUGGCGGUCACUAUGGUGCCAGCGCAGCCCUUUCUGCACAAGGCUACGCACCUGUAGCUGAGCUUUACACGGGUACCUGGGCAAAUGUCAAUCAAGGCCUGCAAGCAACAGCCCGUGAUAUUUUGACAACUUAUUGGCAGCACAUCAUCAAUCAUCUUGAGUCCGACAACCAUGACUAUAAAAUCCACCAACUGCCGCUAGCCCGUAUAAAGAAGGUCAUGAAAGCUGAUCCUGAAGUAAAAAUGAUAUCCGCGGAGGCCCCGAUUCUUUUUGCCAAAGGCUGCGACAUUUUUAUAACAGAACUGACCAUGCGCGCGUGGAUACACGCCGAAGACAACAAGAGACGCACCCUUCAGAGAUCAGACAUCGCAGCAGCCUUGUCCAAAUCCGACAUGUUUGAUUUUCUUAUUGAUAUAGUACCUCGGGAAGAGGCCACGUCGCACGCGAAGCGAACGAGCCAGACAGCGCCUGCUGGCUCUUCAGGAUCUGCAGGGGCGAGCCAGCUGCCACCCCAGCAUGGAGUUCAGCACCCCCCUCAUCAUUUGGCUCCUCCAGAGUAUGGUCUGGGCCAACAUGGUCUUCAAGACCAAGAAUACCGACAACCAACUAUGUAUACGGGUGCAGUACAAUCAGACCCGACUGCCGCUUAUGGGCAACCGCAGUCCCAGAUGUUUGAAGGGAUGUACGCCGCCUAUCCGCACAUGCCACCUCAGCAGUGAAAUCUACGAAUGUCCUAGUGACCCAAUUUCAGAUCCCACCCAGGGAUUUUGACGGCGUUUUUGCUUGUUCGAAUGGCUAGUGGAAAUAUUCUCGGUGUUAAUAAACAUAUCUUAGUUAUUUGGCAUACCUUGCCCCAGUAUAUUAACCUAGUCACAUACCCAAUUCUACUUGUGCCUCG